GCGCAUCAAGAAGAGGGUAUUAACCAAUCUAAGAAGUGAUGUCUGGUCAAUAAAAACAAGGCAAACCCAAAACCACACUGAACAGAGGAGGAAACGGUCAAAGAGGGGAGAUAAGAGCAACAUGUCUGGGGCCCAUCACACUCUCAUUCAACUGCUGAUCCUAAAGCUUAUCAAUGCAGGUAAGAGAACACCUACUGUAGGAUAAAACAACAGCCAUGCUCAUUAACCAUUCAUGCUGUGUGUAGGUUUGCUAACAAGUGGCUAGAGACUGAUCUACAUAGUAUGUAUCACUUAUAAUGGAUCCUUGAUGAAAUUAUUUGAGUAAGAAUUUUAGUGUGUUACAUGGAUACAUUUUAUUUUACUCUCUAGGAGCGCAUGGAAAUGAAUUAUCUCAAUACGUCAAAGAGGGGUUUGAUGCCAAAAUGCUGUGUAACAAUGUGGUUAAUUCAAACUGCUCCUUAACAACAUGGCAUCACUACAUGGUUAGUUUUCCAAACACUAUUCAAGAGGUUUCUGAAGGGAAGGUGAGCGUUAACUCAAAGAGAGCAGGCAGACUGAGUGUGGACGCUGGCUGUUCUCUACAUGUUCACGAUGUCACAGCUGAGGAUGCUGGACGCUACACAUGUAUAGAUUCAAAACAACAAAACCAAUUUCACAUGGCUACUGAUCUGUCUGUUCUGACCAGUGAGUAUUUAUGUUUACAGUAUGGUCAAAGAUGAAAAGUUGUCUUAGUAAAACAUAUACAAUACAGUAUUAUAGUAUUACAGUAUUAUAGUAUUAGUAUUAUAGUAUAAGUAUUAUAGUAUUCAAAAUAUUGUAUUAGUAUCAUAGUAUUACAGUAUUAUAGUAUUAGUAUUAUAGUAUUAGUAUAUUAGUAUUAUAGGAUUAGUAUUAUAGUAUUACAGUAUUAUAGCAUUAGUAUUAUAGUAUUCGUAUUAUAGUAUUAGUAUUAUAUUAUUACAGUAUUAUAUUAUUAGUAUUAUAGUAUUAGUAUUAUAGUAUUAUAGUAUUAUAGUAUUAUAGUAUUAUAGUAUUAUAGUAUUAUAGUAUUACAGUAUUAUGGUAUUACAGUAUUAUAAUAUUAGUAUUGUAGUAUUCGUAUUAUACAGUGGGGAAAAAAAGUAUUUAGUCAGCCACCAAUUGUGCAAGUUCUCCCACUUUAAAAGAUGAGAGAGGCCUGUAAUUUUCAUCAUAGGUACAUGUCAACUAUGACAGACAAAUUGAGGAAAACAAAUCCAGAAAAUCACAUUGUAGGAUUUUUAAUGAAUUUAUUUGCAAAUGAUGGUGGAAAAUAAGUAUUUGGUCACCUACAAACAAGCAAGAUUUCUGGCUCUCACAGACCUGUAACUUCUUUUUUAAGAGGCUCCUCUGUCCUCCAAUCGUUACCUGUAUUAAUGGCACCUGUUUGAACUUGUUAUCAGUAUAAAAGACACCUGUCCACAACCUCAAACAGUCACACUCCAAACUCCACUAUGGCCAAGACGAAAGAGCUGUCAAAGGACACCAGAAACAAAAUUGUAGACCUGCACCAGGCUGGGAAGACUGAAUCUGCAAUAGGUAAGCAGCUUGGUUUGAAGAAAUCAACUGUGGGAGCAAUUAUUAGGAAAUGGAAGACAUACAAGACCACUGAUAAUCUCCCUCGAUCUGGGGCUCCAAGCAAGAUCUCACCCCGUGGGGUCAAAAUGAUCACAAGAACGGUGAGCAAAAAUCCCAGAACCACACGGGGGGACCUAGUGAAUGACCUGCAGAGAGCUGGGACCAAAGUAACAAAGCCUACCAUCAGUAACACACUACGCCGCCAGGGACACAAAUCAUGCAGUGCCAGACGUGUUCCCCUGCUUAAGCCAGUACAUGUCCAGGCCCGUCUGAAGUUUGCUAGAGUGCAUUUGGAUGAUCCAAAAGAGGAUUGGGAGAAUGUCAUAUGGUCAGAUGAAACCAAAAUAUAACUUUUUGGAAAAAACUCAACUCGUCGUGUUUGGAGGACAAAGAAUGCUGAGUUGCAUCCAAAGAACACCAUACCUACUGUGAAGCAUGGGGGUGGAAACAUCAUGCUUUUGGACUGUUUUUCUGCAAAGGGACCAGGACGACUGAUCCGUGUAAAGGAAAGAAUGAAUGGGGCCAUGUAUCGUGAGAUUUUGAGUGAAAACCUCCUUCCAUCAGCAAGGGCAUUGAAGAUGAAAUGUGGCUGGGUCUUUCAGCAUGACAAUGAUCCCAAACACACCGCGCGGGCAACGAAGGAGUGGCUUCGUAAGAAGCAUUUCAAGGUCCUGGAGUGGCCUAGCCAGUCUCCAGAUCUCAACCCCAUAGAAAAUCAUUGGAGGGAGUUGAAAGUCUGUGUUGCCCAGCGACAGCCCCAAAACAUCACUGCUCUAGAGGAGAUCUGCAUGGAGGAAUGGGCCAUAAUACCAGCAACAGUGUGUGAAAACCUUGUGAAGACUUACAGAAAACGUUUGACCUGUGUCAUUGCCAACAAAGGGUAUAUAACAAAGUAUUGAGAAACUUUCGUUAUUGACCAAAUACUUAUUUUCCACCAUAAUUUGCAAAUAAAUUCAUAAAAAAUCCUACAAUGUGAUUUUCUGGAUUUUUUUUCCUAAUUUUGUCUGUCAUAGUUGACGUGUACCUAUGAUGAAAAUUACAGGCCUCUCUCAUCUUUUUAAGUGGGAGAACUUGCAGAAUUGGUGGCUGACUAAAUACUUUUUUUCCCCACUGUAGUAUUAGUAUUAUAGUAUUAGUAUUAUAGUAUUUGUAUUAUAGUAUUACAUAAUUAUUGUAUUAGUAUUAUAGUAUUAGUAUUAUAGUAUUUCAGUAUUAUAGUAUUAGAAUUAUAGUAUUACAGUAUUAUAGUAUUACUCUAUACAUGCACAGUAUGCAGUGAGUGACAUACCACAAAACUCUAUUCCUUGAAGAGAAACCAUGGUAAAAUUAAAUGUUCUCUUAUGUCUCUUGCAGUCUUCGUGUCCACAGCAGUGACAGAUCUAAAGCCUGAUAGACCAGUAACAUUAAGAUGCUCUCUGUACACCACCGAAGGACAUGGAAACUGUAUGUCAUCCCAAAAUGAUAAAGUUAGUCUGAGCUGGGUGGAUGAGACGGGUACGAAGCUGCAGGGCUCCGGAUGCCAGCUCACAGGGCCUUGCUGUGAUAGCACUCUGACUGUGACACUCCAGAAGGAGGACAACAACAGGAAGUGGACGUGUCAGCUGACUAAAGAUGGAAAAGUUAACAUCUCCAUUGACUUCACCUCCACAUUCUCAGGUAUGUAUUCUUGUUAUGCUCCAAUAAUCUGAAUAACUUCAUCAGAUGUAAUGACAUUAAAGUGAAUAUCGAAUCUGAUCCUUUCUCUUGAUAUCAGUGAUGAGUGAACAAACAUACUGCUCUCUACUGUGUGUGUCUGAUGAUGAAGAGUUAUUUAAAAGAGGAUGUUCUUCUCCUGAACUAGAUAUUAAAGACACGGAUGAUGAAAAAGAGAGAAAUGACAGUAAGAAACCAUCUACACUGUAAAAUCAGAUAAGUUCUGGCUGUUCAAACAUUUCAGUAACAGGUGCAAAAAUUCAAUGAUUGGAUUAGUUUCGGGGUGUUUUUUAAAAUCUUUGUGUAGCAUAACAUUUUAAUCAAUCAAUCACUCAAUGUACAUGCAAAACACAGAUAUUACAAAGAAUUUCAGAAAAUCUGCCUGCAGUAGAGCAUGCUGGGAAAAAGUUAAUUUGUUAUCAUAUCUUUUAAAAAAUUAGUUGGUGUGACUUCUCAUUUAUUUCCUUGUCAGUACCACACAAACAUUCUAAGUAUUAAUGACUUUUCAUUGACUUUGAGUACAACUUACUGGAAGUAUUUUAGUUUAAAAUGUCUUGGGAUUUACAGUGUACUAAGUAAAAUUGAAACCCUGUUUACCAAGGCAACACUUUUAGUACUGUACCUCAUUGUGCUUCAUCUAUGGACAGUUUCACUAACCUCUUUGUUAUGAGCCAGGCUGAUCUCAAGUGACACAAGUCUCUGUCUUCCUCCAUCAGGUCUUAAACAGUCGGUGCUGAUCUGGGUGGUAGUGGGGGUGGGGGUGGCUGGGUGUGUGGCUGGGUGUGUGGCAGCUCUGGUUGUCACCUUCAGAAGGAGGGCGUGUAAGUCAACUCUCUUAUUUACCCUCCUGAAGUCAGGUUAUAUUCUAUCUGAACUGAACUCAUUUCCUUCAUACAGUAGAUAUUUAGAAUGUUGUUUAGUAAAGAAAAACUUUAUUUUUGGUGCGAAAUGUGUAUUUUAUUAAUGAUUUGUGAUCAUUCAUUCUCAGAUUCAGUUUCAAGAAAUCAGAUUCCAGUCAACCCAGGAAAUGUGGUGCAAGCAAACAACAGUGAUGUAAGUAAAUGGGUUGUCAACAAAAUAAUUAACUUUGAUUGUUAUUGGGAAUAUCAUGUGUGUGUGUGUGUGUGUGUGUGUGUGUGUGUGUGUGUGUGUGUGUGUGUAGGGCCAGAGAGCAGACAUGACCUAUGCUGACGUCAACCUUCCCACUAGUAGGAGGAUGGUGGAGAGAGACCAACAGACAGAGUAUGCAACCAUCAGAACAGGACCCUGA